GCCCCGCAUAUUUUGCUCCCAUUGAUUGAGAGACGGGCACAGACGAUGAACAAUCCAAAGACUAUGGUUCUCGGCUGGGGAAGUCUUGUUGUCGGCGCCGGAGUUAGUUUCUACUACGCCAAAAAGAGCAUCAAUGAAAGGCGGAGACAGCAAGACGUCGACGGUUCGCGACCCACCGCGAAGCUCAGCUGGAAAGAACGUGUUGCCCUGGAAGAGCAAAGUACAGGUGUCAUCGCCGGAAACAGCGAGAAGGCUGCGAAGAUCAGCACUCAAGACGCGGCAUCCUCGUCUUCGACGUCGGCGAAAGAGGCGAAAGAUGAUCAUUCAUGACACGCGCACUUUUCUGCCCUUUCGAUUCUACCAUUUGCUCUCGCUUUGACGCUUUCUUCCUGAAUUGCAUUGAUAUUGACAC